AUGUAUCGCUGUAUGUGCUCCUGUUCGACCCGCGCCCUCGAGGCCUUCGUCGCCGACAUCGCGGGCAUCAACAUCAAGUCUCGUCCAAGGGCCGUUCAUCGUGCUACACGGGCUCUACAUUCAGGUCUGCAGACGGAUAGAACGGUCGAUUCGAUUUCACUGCAGAGGCCCGUAUCAGAUUCAUCAGCAAGCGACCUGCGCAUGAUUGAGCUGGCACCUGUACUGGAACCUGUGUCAAAUAAAGUCGAGACGGAGAGACUGCCUGCAGAGAAAGGGGAUGGCAACGCCGAUGCAUCGUCGACGCGCACAAAAGCUGAGAACCGCAUGCUCCGGAAAUUGAAACGGAUCCAAGGAGGCGCACAUAACAAGCAUGGCAGUGAUAGCGGGAAAUUGGUCGAUCAGGUCCAGUCGAUGCUGCAGAAGAUUGAGGAAUCACCAGAGAUCCUUGGGGGGCUCGUAAAGGUGAAGAAGGAGGAGCCUGCGAAGACGGAGAAGAACAAGGUCCGUCGAGGGCGUUCAUUCGAUGGGAAAGCAAAGUGGGUCAAGGGAAAGCAAGAAAGAUUCAAUGGCAGGUCGACAAAGGUGAGAAAAGAGGGCAGCAAAGGUCCUUCGGGCAAGGCGAGAAAGGAAAGCAUCAUGGAGCACAACGCCAACUUGAGAGCUGGUGAAGAGACUGUCGAUGUUGGAGACGAAGCAACAUGGGAACAUGUACAGGACGAAUGGACCGAGCAACCGAAGUGGCAGCCCAUCGAGGCCAGGGAAACCACCCAGACGACGAGAGGGGGGAAGAAUGCUGGCAAAAAACACGAUGUCGAUGAUUCGCCUUCGAAAGAAGAUGCUCCAGCCAAACCUCAGGAACCCUGGGGUAUUCAAAAGUCCGCCCUCGAGCGCAAGUUCGGCCAGAAAGGCUGGCAACCACGCAAACGUUUAUCGCCCGAUACACUGUCUGGAAUCCGCGCCCUCCACGCCUCCAAUCCCACCAUCUACAACGUCGAAAUGCUCCGCGAUCACUUCAAAAUCACCCCGGAAGCCAUUCGCAGAAUCCUAAAGUCCAAAUGGCAACCCUCUACCGAGGAGAUUGAGGAUCGGAUGAAGAGAUGGGAGAAGAGAGGCGUGAAGAAAUGGAGUGAAAUGGCAGAGCAGGGACAGAAACCACCUAAGAAGUGGAGAAUGUUGGGCGUGCCGAACCCUAAGCUUGGACAGAAGAAGGAGUGGAAUAGUAACAGCGGUGUCGCUAAAAAGGAGAAGACGGAGGAAAGGAUUGUGCGAGAGGAGGGACUGCUCGCAAAGUCGAGGCGGUUGGAGAAAGCGCAACGGGCACGGUUCACUGAGAGUCUAACUGGGAGGAUUCUCUAG